AUGUCAUUCUAAAUGCCUUACUCCUUAAAAGAAAUAAUACUACAAUUUGAAGAGAUAAUCAAAUAUUAUCAAUUCUAGAUAAAUUGCAUAAACUUCUUGAGAAUUCCAUAUCACCCUAUAUAUAGACGAUUGUUAUUGAAUCAAUUUUAAAUGCAUCCACCUAUAAACACCAAAAGAUUUCGUCUAGCAUAAUUUAAUUGCUAUUGAAAGAUUGUUAAAUUAUUUUGGUAUUGUUAAAAUACAUUUCAUCUUUUCAAUAAGUAUUUAGGAAGAUUUUAUAAAUUUGAAUGUAGGAUAUUCCAAUCUAUGCUAAAUUUUGGUGUUACUUAAUAAGCCAUUAUUUAAUACAGAUAUUUUUAGAGAUCUAAGAAAAAAUCUUAUUUCUAAUCUAUUUAAAUAUAUGAAAACUUUAAAUACUCUUGACUAAAUAUAAAAUAUAUUUAUUUAUUUCUUAAUUUCACCUGAUGGUAAUUGGGAGAUUCAGUAUUAGAUAAAUAACACUUUUCAGAUAUAUAUAGAUAUCAUAAUAAAUUUUGAUAAGAAUUUUGAAAUUUAUUCAGAUUCAUAAUUAAUGAGAAUUUCGAAUUUUCUUGCAUAACUGCCUAAAUAUUUUAAUAAAAAAGAAUUGCAAAGUUAUAAAAGUUUAAAAGUUAAAUUAAAAAAAAAGCUAUUUAUAUACAAUAAUAAAUAUCAUAAGAUAUAUUUAAGGGUGAUCAAAUUAAAUUUGGUUUAAUGUUGA